CUUCCUUGUUCGAAUCUUUUUUGGUCAGAUUUUGGUUCGAAUUUUGCUCAUUUUUGGUUUCUUGGUUUCUUGAUUUCUUGGUUUCUUGGUUCUACCAAUAUUGCUUCAUCAUUAUUCCAAUCAUUAUAUAUUUCAUCGUUAUUUUACUGUCAGCACCGAAAUGCUGAAGAUCGGAUGGUGUCCGGAAAAGGACACCAGAUUAUGCAUCGGCCCAUCUGCCGAUGAACUCCUCCGACUCAAGGCAGGGUACUAGAUUCUGCAUCAACCCAUCCCCCUCCGCCAUUUAUAUUGAUUCCUACCUCUUCGUCAUUGCCACGGCGGUCCUCCAGCAUUCACUCGGGGUCAACUCAAGCUAUGGAAUUUGCGAAGCCAUGUCAACUCAAGUUAUGGCAUUUGCGAAGCCAUGUCAACUCAAGUUAUGGCAUUUGCGAAGCCAUGGUUGCCACAGAUUGCAUCCAUGGUUCCCUACGGGGACAUGCUCCAACUGCGGGGGACGUCUCUCUACUACAUCUACUACAUCUACUCGCCAAUGCCACAUCUAUGGCUAGCGUUCAAACGAAGUGGUCGUUGGAUCACUGAUAAUACCUUUUAUCCGCUGAAAGAUACACGGCAGCUCGAAGAGGGACAGACAUUCAAUGCCUUCAAGGGUUACAUUUUGCCUACCAAGACAAAAGAACGCCAAGGUUCAAGUAUGGCACGGCCCGGGGUCUACGAGAGGCCCAGGUCGUGCCAUAAUGCACAAAAUUCGCCGAACACAGCAACGAACUCGUCGCCAAUAAAAAGCCCGCGCCGGAACUCCCGGGAGCCAGCCUCCCCUGUACUGGCAAGAACAGUAGCAUCUGGUCCCAUUCGCGGACCUGUGCAAAACAGUCAAAGGCGUCUUCUGCCAGAUAACAAUAAUGGCCAAGCGGUAGCUCAGAAUCAAGAGCUACACAACGACCAGAAGCUUCUCGCCUACGAGAGAAUCCAAGAUGCCAGCCGAUAUUUCCUCAACCAGUUGAAACCCCUGUUCGCAGAGUUGCUAAUCGCACCAACCAACAAAGAAAUCGCUCUGGCCUGGUGUCGAGUUCAACCUCCGCCCAAUCCUUCAUCCCUAGGAUACUCUGCAGACUGUGCUGCCGCAACAGAAAUUCCAUCACGUUUUCUUGUGUUAAUCCUAGCGUGUCUCCAGCUCAAUGGUCAACCCGCGCUGUUCCCGUCAUGACUUUCGCGGCAUCUUUCCAAAUGUGGUAUUUUAGUGUCGAGCUACUCAGCAUCUUGCAAUUGCGAGGAAUGCGAUCUCUUCCUAUUGGCUGCAAAUAAGCGAUCUUCAUAGCCACGAUGCAGGAGUCGUUUAAUGGCUGCGGUGGAUUACGUCGACCUUUCGCGGCAUCAUCCCAAGAGCGGAAGAGGCUG